CCGAGCCACACGGGCGGCUGCGCGCGAAAAAUAGCACUGACAUUAGUUUUGCCGCCAAAAUUGGGUCAACUAGCGCGCUACUUUAUGUGUUCGGAAACAAAACAGAAAAAUAGCCUAAGUUUUCAUAGAAUUUCAACUAAAGUUUUCGUAGAACUAUGUUUUCUUCUGUUAUUAUUUUAAUAAUAUUUCUUUAUUGUAAAAAGAUUUAAUUAUCAAUUUAAACUUUAUCAUCAAUUAGAAGAUAAAUAUUGAAUACAAAUAGAAAAUAUGAAUAUUUUCAGUAAACAUUUUACGAGAAAAAAGCAAGACAAGAGGAAAUCUUUCGAUCAAUCGUCUAUUAGUGCUGGCAAUAGUCCGCUGAGAUCACCAAGGAUUCAACGGCCUCUUAGUCAAUGCUUGAACAUAGCUCCAAGGACGUCAGCGUAUGAAGAUGGAAGAAAGGAGACCUCCAAAGAGUGGGAAUGCAAGCUGUGCAAGAAAGAGCUAACAGAACCGAGACUGCUAGGGUGUCUUCAUAGUUUCUGCACAAGAUGUCUUCAAGGUCUACACCAGGAAGGAGAGGCGGAGGUGUGGAGUGAAGUAGAUGUAGGAUCGAUCCAGUUGGAAAAUGGGGAGUCAUCAGGCGGUGUCUCAGCAGCAUCGGGCUACGAAAGCGACCUCCACAACUCAGAGUCCGAAGACAGCUUGGAACAGAAACCUCACAAGUACGGAAUAUUAACCAGAAAGGUUUCAGGUAAGAGCGUCCAGUUUCUGCUAUGCCCAAUAUGCGGUUACGAAACGCCUCUCCCACUGGGAGGUAUAUCCGCCCUCCCUCUCAACUACGUGCUGCUGCGGAAGAUGAUGGCCGCGGAGAAGGAACGCAACAAGGCCAGCAUAUUAUGCGACCUCUGUAAUAGCGACACAAAGGCAGAGAGCCGCUGUAGCCAAUGUCUGGUCAGCCUGUGCAGCUCUUGUGUGGAGGCGCAUCAUAGGCAGAAGGCGACCUCCAGGCACUCACUGCACCCACUGGACCCGCUGCCCGUCAAGUUCUGCAGCCAGCAUCCCAAAGCUGAACUCAGCGUGUACUGUGCGACGUGUCAACAAGUGAUAUGCCGGGACUGCUGCAUCAUAUCUCACUCGGGUCACGCACUGGCGAAUGCUUCUCGUGCCGCAGCCGAGCGGGCGAGGCUUCUACGCGACGCGUGCGAGCGGGCGAGACUAGUCCCGGAAAAUGUAGAGCGAGCCACCAGGAUAUUGGACGAGGAAGCCUUCGAAAGUGAUGAAAGCGCGGCACGCGUGGAACGUGAGGUGUGUGCGUGGGCAGAACGCUACGUACGCGCUGUAUCCGCGCACGCGCGCGCCGUGCGCGCGGCGGCGGCGCGCGCUCGUCACGCGCACCGCGCGCGCAUGCGCCGCCGCCGCCGCGCACUGCGCGACCGUGCGCUGCAUGCGCAUCACGCCGUCAACUUUGCUGAGGAGCUCCUCUCAGAAGCCAAAGAGGACGAGCUCCUCUCCCUCAGCGGAGCUGUCCUUCGUCGCCUGGAGAGGCUCACAGAACUGCAAUAUCUAUCAGAAGUACCCAAAUGUGAACUGAGGUUCGCACCCACAGCACCGGCUGCACAUGACCCCACCCUGGUGGGGAGAUUAUUGACUCAGGCCCCUGAUCCUGAUAAAUGUGUACUGAAUACUGAUGGUCUUCAAGAUCUUCAGGUAGGUUGUCAGCACGAAGUAAUAUUAGAACUUCGCGACAGCAAUGGUGAGCGUAUAUGGUGUGGUGGAGAACAGGUGGCUGGGUUCGUGCGGCGGCGGGACGCCCGCGCCCGCCCCACCAGUGCGAUCUCGCACGACCGCGGCGACGGCUCGUACGCGCUCGCCUUCACGCCGCCCAGCCCCGGCGGUUACCUGCUCGCCGUCACCGUCAACAACCGCCCCGUCAAGGGCAGCCCGUUCGCGUGCGCGGCGCGCGUGGCGAAGCCGCACACGGGCGUGUUCCACUGCUGCGCGUUCUGCUCGUCCGGCGGCCGGCGCGACGCCGUCUGCGCCUGUGGCGCUACCAUGCCCGGCGGGUACAAAGGCUGCGGGCACGGGCACGCGGGCUGGCCGGGCGCGCGCCACUGGUCGUGCUGCGGCCGCACGCUGCGCGCCGCGCCCUGCUCGCCGCUCGCCACCGCCGCCACGCUCACCACACCCUCCACCACCACCGCUACCACCGCCACCACACCAGCGCCAUCCGCCGCUCUUUAUCAGUUCUCGCUCUAGUACUACCUACCACUCGUACCAAUAAAUUGUACCUGCAUA